CUUCAAAAGUCGAGAAGCACCUCGAAAACGUGCCGGGCAGUAGUUUCGUUCCGCUCUACCACCUUCACGGGCAACGUACACACUCAUUCACUCACUCACUCACCACCCACGCUCAUUACUUGUCGUCGCUCCUUUUAUUCUUAGGUUCUUUUUUAUAUAUAAUUCGUACAUCUUCUCAGUCUCUCCUUGGAUCAUGAAGUUCUCUCUCGCCCUCGCCGCGGCGCCGUUGGCCGCCCUCGCCACGCCGCUGGGCGUCGCGCCCGCCGCGCACUCCCCUCACUCAUCCCACUCUCACUCCCUCUCCCAUCGCCAUCCGAUCCCGGUCAGGCUCGCCGAGCGCCAGGCCUCCGACAGCAUCGACGCGCUCUUCAAGAAGAGGGGCAAGCUCUACUUCGGCGCCUCGGGCGACAACGGCAUCAUGCAGCAGGGCAGGACGGAGGCCAUCCAGCUGGCCAACUUCGGCCAGGUGACGCCCGAGUACUCGAUGAAGUGGGACGCCACCGAGCCCGCGCCGGGCAACUUCACCUGGGGCAACGCCGACUACCUCGUCGACUGGGCCCAGACGAACGACAAGUCGGUCCACGGCCACACGCUGCUGUGGCACACGGCGCUACCGACGUGGGUGUCGGACAUUAGUGACAAGAAGGUCCUCACCAAGGUCAUCGAGAGGCACGUCCAGACCGUCGUCGGGCGGUACAAGGGGAAGAUCAGGUCUUGGGACGUCGUGAACGAGAUCUUCAACGACAGCGGCACGCUUCGGAACAACACCUUCUUCAACGUCCUGGGCGAGUCGUACGUCGGCAUCGCCUUCCGCGCCGCCCGGGCCGCCGACCCGGCCGCGAAGCUGUACAUCAACGACUACAACCUGGACAACAAGGACUGGGGCAAGCUCCCCGCGCUCGUCAACAAGGUGGACCAGUGGAUCGGGCAGGGCAUUCCCAUCGACGGGAUCGGCUCUCAGUCCCACCUCGUGCCCAACAUGUCGAGCAACGUCGAGGCGGCGCUCCACGCGCUCGCGGCCUCGCGGGUGUCCGAGAUCCUCAUCACCGAGCUCGACAUCGACACGGCGCCGCCGGCCGAGUACGCGACCGUCGUGGGCGCGUGCCUCAACGUUCCCAAGUGCCGCGGCAUCACCGUCUGGGGCGUGAGCGAUAGGCAAUCGUGGAAGAGCGAGAAGAAGCCGCUCUUGUUCGACGAAAACUACAACCCCAAGCCGGCCUACGACGCCAUUGUCAAGAAGCUGAAGGGCGUGGUGAAUGGGUGGGUUUAUGAGGGCUAGACGGUUGACCACCAUUUCAACUUGGGACUCGACUUACAUGUAGCAUGUAGCUGGUAGUCAAGUCAAUGAAGCCAGUAUUCGCCAGUUGGGUGACUUGUGCGGCAAUCCUCAUGGGUUGAUGUUCCUGUGGCCAUCACUCAUCACUUGUCGACGAUGAAUGUCAUGACAUGACACGA